AAUAAAAAUUUCCAAGAUUCAUCUGAAUUGAAAAAUUUAUUUCAGCCAUGGGAGAAAAUGCAAGUUUUUGGGGAAGCCUGAUAUAUGCACAUCCUACAUGUACGACCUGGAAGCAAGAGGCAGAGGGAUCUAUCUACCACCUAGCCAGUAUUCUCUUUGUUGUGGGCUUCAUGGGUGGAAGUGGAUUCUUUGGGCUUCUCUAUGUCUUCAGCUUGCUUGGAUUGGGCUUUCUCUGCUCUUCUGUUUGGGCUUGGCUGGAUGUCUGUGCUGCUGAUAUAUUCUCCUGGAAUUUUAUACUGUUUGCUAUAUGCUUCGUCCAGUUCAUUUACGUUACCUACCAAGUUCGGAGUGUUUCCUUUGACAGAGAGUUCCAGGAACUCUACAGUGCUCUCUUCCAGCCUCUAGGAAUUUCUUUGACUGUCUACAGAAAGAUCAUCUUGUGCUGCGAUGCAGAAGUGGUUACCCUGGAGAAAGAACAUUGUUACGCCAUGCAGGGCAAAACACCUAUUGAUAAACUGUCCUUGCUUGUGUCAGGCAGGAUCAGAGUGACAGUUGAUGGGGAAUUUCUGCAUUAUAUAUUUCCUCUUCAAUUUCUGGAUUCUCCUGAAUGGGAUUCACUGAGGCCCACAGAAGAGGGAAUUUUCCAGGUAACACUUACAGCAGAGACGGAUUGCCGGUACGUGGCCUGGAGGAGAAAGAAGCUGUAUCUGCUGUUUGCCAAGCACCGCUUCAUCUCCCGCCUGUUCUCAAUUUUAAUUGGGAGCGACAUUGCUGAAAAACUGUAUGCCUUGAAUGACAGAGUGCACGUGGGGAAAGGCUUUAGGUACGACAUUCGGUUACCGAACUUCUACCACGUCUCACUGCCAGAGACCCCUCCGGUGAAGCCUGCCCACCACCUACAGAGAGGGUCCCCCCGGCGCAAGCCCACGGGGAUUACAAACUGCAGCUCCUUCAGCACACAGCCCUAG